AUGACGACCGCAUCCCCCUCGCAGGUGCGCCAGAACUACCACCAGGACUCGGAGGCCGCCAUCAACCGCCAGAUCAACCUGGAGCUGUACGCCUCCUAUGUCUACCUGUCCAUGUCGUACUAUUUUGACCGUGAUGAUGUGGCUUUGAAGAACUUUGCCAAAUACUUUCUUCACCAAUCUCAUGAGGAGAGGGAACAUGCUGAGAGACUGAUGAAGCUGCAGAACCAGCGAGGCGGCCGAAUCUUCCUUCAGGAUAUCAAGAAACCAGACCGUGAUGACUGGGAGAACGGGCUGAAUGCAAUGGAAUGUGCGCUGUGCUUGGAAAGAAGUGUGAAUCAGUCGCUACUGGAACUGCACAAACUGGCCACUGAAAAAAAUGAUCCCCAUCUGUGUGAUUUCAUUGAGACUCAUUACCUGAAUGAGCAGGUGGAAGCCAUCAAAGAAUUGGGUGACCACAUAACCAACCUGCGCAAGAUGGGGGCCCCUGGAUCGGGCAUGGCAGAGUACCUCUUUGACAAGCACACCCUGGGACACAGUGACAGCUAAGCCUCAGGCUGGCUCCCCACAGCCACACGGGUGACUUCCCUGGUCACCAAGGCAGUGCAUGCAUAUUUGGGUUACCUUCAUCUUUUCUAUAAGCUGUAACAAAACAUCUACUUAAGUUCUUUCUUUAGUACC